AUGCACUCUGACGAUUACUCACACCUAUUGGAAUCGUUUGAUCACAGACUAAAGUCAUUUGAGAAUUGGACUGGUAAUGUAUCCCCAAUAGAGUUGGCACUGGCUGGAUUUCACUAUAUUGGUAAAGAAGAUGUUGUUAGAUGUUUUGAAUGCGAUAUUCAAAUUAACAAAUGGAAGCCUGGCGAUGUACCGAUUCAUGAUCAUUUAAAGUUUAGUCCUAAUUGUAGUUAUGCUAAAAUGAUGGAGUCUGCAAAAAGAACAGCCAUUGUUAAUGGUUCACUUUUUAUUCAUUAUCCAUACGGAGCUAAAGAUGUUUUCAUUUGCUUCAAUGAUAACGAUACAAACUGGAAAAAAAUGGAACUUUACAAAGCCAAUAAUAUUCCUACACUCACAUCUCUAAUCCCCAAUAAUAGUACACAAUACAAGUUAAGACUUGAAUGGACGAAUAAUAAAGUUGAAAGUACCAACUGGAAUCAACUCUAUACUUACUAUAUAAAAGAAAAUAUGGAAAAGUGUUGUUGUAUGAAGAUGAAAUUAGUAGAUGAACAUCGAAAAGGUAAAAGUUUGUACAACUUUACGGAAGAAGAAUUAGAAUAUUUCCCAUUAAAACACUUGCUGGAUAAAGCUAAACCAUCAGAACUUCUUUAUGCAUGGCAUAAAUUACCUACAGAAUACACUCAAGAUUUCAACCUUCAAACAAGGCUACCCUGCUCAUACAUUUUAAUAGACCUAACUGGAGAGAUCAGGUUGAUGGGGGGUUGGUAG